AUGGCUUCCGGCCAACAUGGAUCUCUUGAACGAGGUGCAGGCAGCGCUCAGGGCAGUACACCAGGUUCUCCACCACGACCUAUGAAGGGGCGAGUAGGGGACGGAUGUGCAGGAGCCGGCGCUUGUUUCGUCAGGGGGUCUCUUUCCAUAGCGUCGCCAACAUCCCGUCACUCUUUCCGUUACGACGGCCCUCGACCCCCUCCUUCGGGGCAGACGUGGCAGGAGAGUGGCAGUGAGGAGGAGGAUGAGGAGGAGGAGGGUGAGGGCGAGGAGGAUGAGGACGAUGAGGGGAGCGGGGACGACAGUGAGGCCGGGUGGGAGCCAGAGACGCAUGGCGGUGGGGAAGGGGGGGAUAAUGAUAAAGACCAUGAGAUGGAUGGGUUGGAGCCAAAGGAUGUGGAGGAGGAGACGUCUCCUCGUAGGGGCUACAAGGGUGUGUUGGAUGGCUACGUCGAUCGGUGGCCGCAUGCCAAGUCUUGGCCGCAUCUCGCUAAGAAGAAAGAGAAGGCGUCUGGUGGGGGAGGCGAUCGCCAAGCUGGUGGUCACCUGUGA